ACACAUCCAGUACAGUCAAGGGGAAAUACCGCUCCACGGCUCUCAAUUUCCAAACACUUAUUUUACAUGCCGACUGAAAAGACGUGGAAAGCGCGGGAAUUUUACUCCCUACCUGGAUGCAGCACGAUCUGAGCGAGGUUAUCAAACACACGUUGUGUUGCAUUCGAUUUUGAAACCAACUCGGAAGGAAACUCGACCUAUAUCCGAUACAACAACUAUUGUUUUUGUCUUUUUAUUGAAAUAGAAAGGACAGCGGGAGAAUAUUAUUUCGAGAUUACAUGUCAGUGACUGAUAUAGAAUUUACAGUAUCGCGAUAUCUAACGGCUAUAUUUCAUCGUCAGCUUGAUUUACAUGAAUUUAUUGUACAGGGGUAAUGUGAAUCGUAAUUUUGGAGGAAUCAGAGGAAUAUUUUGAAGGUAGCUGUCACAAUGAGAACUCUUGAGAGAAAGAAGAAAAUUUGCCGGAAGGAAUCUCUUUUAAAUACGUCUGGGCUUCUCACAGAGGAAACGUUACAGGACAGACUGAUUAGAACAGACGAAAGGGAAAAUUUCAAGAGGAGAACGAUCAUCGUCGAAAAGCAAGCAGGAACGUUUGGAUUUGAGCUUCAGACCUAUGCCAUACAUCACAAAGGACGAAAUGAAUUAGAGCUAUGUACCUAUGUAUGCGACGUUCAUCCCGAUGGCCCAGCCUACCUAGCCGGAAUGAGAGCAGGUGACAUUAUUCUGUCGGUGAAUGGUAUAUGUGUUGAAAGAUCUUCGCAUGAGAUGAUCGUCCAUCUUAUUACUGUUUCUCCAAACUCUCUAAGAUUGGUACUUCUCUUCGAAGACUGUGUGAAGAAAGUGGAACACAACAAAAAGCUCGUCAAAUUAAAGAGAAUGUUGUAUGAUAAAAAGCUAGCAUAUCGCGCCCUCCAAGCCCAAGAGAAACGAGUGAUGCUAGGAUUGGCGAGAUAUGAACUCAAUAGCAUGACAUCACUAGCCUCGGAUGACAGCGGUUUCUAUUCAUCACCGGGAUCAUCCCAGCUCAGCAGCAAGUCACAGUCAAUGAGCUCCAUCAGUUCAGGAGGGUUCAAUUUAUCACAGAUUCCUGGCAACGAGAGUCUAGAACAAAUUGCUCUGUUGGACGUCUAAUAAGUUUUGAAAAUGGACACUACUGACUUUGCUCAAAUAUGAACUAAUAGUUGACAAUCCGAUGAAAAACCAAUGGUGACCGUCACAAGAAUGAAAGUUUCAUGAACUUUUGUGCUUUAAAGUCUGAUCGUUGUGAAAUGAUACGACUAAGUAUAAAUAAGAAGAAUGGACAUACGAUAAUGCCCGUUCCUUUACCAUGCAUGCAUGGGUAGAUUUCUCAACAUCAGACCUCCCAUCAUUGGCAUAAUUAUUGUUUGAUGAACAAAAUUCAAAAUUUUUCGAGGAACACGCCCCCUCCCCUCCCCAGGUCGCCGCCCCAUCGUAUUGUGUCUGUUUUGUUUUACGCAAAAGGGGUGAUCUAAUUUUUGACCCUAUAAAAGACACUCUCUCAAAUCAUAACGCCAAAAGGGUGAUUACAUGUUUUUUAAAAGUAUAUUGACAAGAAAUGUGUCCUCACAAAUUUUGCCCCCCCCCCCCAAAAAAAAAAAAACGCUGGUAACAUCUUAGCAGAGCUUAAGAAGCUAGUUAUUAUGUUUAUUAUAUUGUUCUGUUCGUCUUCUAUAUUUGACAUGUUUGAAGGGUAUCGAAAUAAGAUGUACAUAAUCAUUUCCUUAUUAGGUAAUAUUUUCAUAUCCUUUUGCCAUGUUGUAGGAGUGUGGAAGCAUCGCGAUCGUCAACAACAUGAAGAAGAAAAAAGGAACGCUUACGCGUUGCCAUUAUUAUUACGUGAUUUGUGCAAUAUAGGUAUUUCAGUAAGUCAAUUUACCAUUAGUUUCGAAUCUGCAAGCGUUCUUGCCUGUUCAGUAUUUUAUUUAUACCAACUGAAUGUCUACAUGCAGAUUUAUAUUUGCAUUUUUGUUACAAUACAUGUAUUUAACUUGAAGUUCCCAUUAUAUUAUUAUAAAGUUGUAAUCACUACACUGAGAAUUUCAAUUGUCCGGCAAUUAUAAUGUUCUGGUUGUGUUUAUCUGUAUCUGUCUGUUCAUCAUGGUCUUUAACGGUUUCCCCGUCUUCUCUCUUCUCUUUUGUCAAUUAUUAUGUUUUGUUUGUUACAAAACAGAAUGUCGAAAAAGAACAAGCAUGAUUAAACAGGUAUAUCGUGAUCAUUCUACAUGACUUGUAUUCGUAUUAAGGCAUGUUGGGUUCUUGAAAGCGGAAAUCUUUUUUUUUUGACGUCAAAUUGGAUCUAAUUUAAGCAGAAAAGAGAACUAAACAUAUCGAUAACAUUUUAGCGAAAUUCAUUUAAGAUAAUGGAUUCACGAUUUUCUUUUAAAUUUGUAUUAUGAUGUCACACGCGAGCUGCUCUCAUUGUACACAAAAUUAUGUGGAGAAGCUCGCAAGUAUAACGUCACAGAAUUAAGAGUAAAACGUAAUUCUGUUAUCCUUGUAUGACACUACCCCUCACAUAAAGAGAUGGAAUCUAUUUUACUGCAAUUGAAUGUCUCCGCCCAAUCCUCCACUUCGCAGGAGGCAAUCGAAGAUCACCAGGCUGUGGUUUAAAAAAUCGCCAUAACACCGCCAGCGACCGUGUUGACUCCGCAUGCUAACCGUCACUGAUAUUUCCAUCUGCCAUGAACCUUGAAAUUUUCUGGGAACCGCCCCAAAUCAAAGUAAAACAAGAAAUCAAACUUUAAUAUUCGUGGUUCUUUUGGCGGUUUGGAGUGGUCUGUGUUCAGAACGCAGAAGGGCGAAUACAUGAUUUUACCUUGAUAACACGGGAUACAUCAAUAUAAUAUGGGGAGCGUGUCAUCAACAUUUCAGUCUGACAAGUUGUCAGGUCAGACAACUUUCUUUGAUAAUGAUUGGCUGAGAGGCAGUGUUACCAUAGUUUCUGUCAGAUAUAACAGUACUUGUCGGAUAAAACGUCUGACAAGUACUUUCUUGAAACGCUCCCCUGAUCAUAUUGAUGAAGCUUUACGAUUUGGUGGCGGAGUUAACACGGAAGUAUAUCAGCUUCAUCAAGGAGCCAAGCGGUGGAAUUGCGCUUUAUAAUAAUGAUAAUAAUAAUGAUAAAAAUAAUAAUAAUAAUAAUCAUUUGUAUAGCGCCAUCUAUGUAGAAACACUCUAUUCCGAGGCCCAUUGUUAUUAUUAUUACCCCGGCUUUAGCUCGAGCUGCCUUUCAGCGCUCGUGCAUUUAAGGAAUUAAUCCUCCCGGGUACCAAUUCACUUCACCUGGGUCGAUUGCAGCACAGUAUGGAUAAAUAUCUUGCGUUUGAAGCGUAGUAGAUAAAAAAAAAGCUGAAACCAAGUGUCAUUUCGACGUCACACAUGAAUAAAUUUAGGCAUUUCUUAGAUGACGGUUCAUGAUGUGACUGCCCCAUCCAGUGUGCCUCCCUUUCCAAAAUAACCUGCGCGUCAUGUUUUAUCCAAUUUAAAUUAUGUUUGUUUAUCUAAAUGAAUAGGGUCUAUUUUGUGUGAAAAUGUAAUGUAAAUAACGAUGAAAUGUAAAUAACUAUUUUAGUAACAGAUGAUAUAAAUAAAAACUGAGUUAAUGUUA